GAGUCAUAUGCAAGCAAUAGAGAAUGGAGGAAGAGGUUGUGGAAUCGAGGAAGAGUAGGAAGGAGCAAGAAAGGGAAAGGCGGCGUCUAAGAGACAGAGAAAGAAGACAGUCUAUGAGCCAAGAUGAGAGGGAAAGGCAUUUGGCUAGGCGUCGCAAAAACUAUCAGCUUCGAAGGCAGAGAGCUGAGAUACACCGUCAAGACUCUCACAUCCAAGCAGUUACUGGAGGCAGCCAAACAGCACUGAAUUCACCGCCUGAUUCUGGAGCCAGCUUCGUUGAUGAGUCUGAUCAGAGUGUGGGAAUACCAGUGGAGGAUCUGGCUAAAAUGAUGGGUACUAUAAGGCUGAGCCGUCUGAAACAUCUGGCUAGGACAUUGAAUAAGCCCAAUACUAAUGGUGCAGAGUCAAGCAACACAGGAGCAACAGAUGCAAAUACAAGAUGUGCAAUGUCAAGUGGGCUACGUUUGAGUCGGAUGAAACGACUGAUAAGAUCAAAGGGCAAGCAAGAGGGUUCGUCGUUGUCACAUUCCAAAACACAAGCAGAACCUGAUGAGCUUCAAUAGAGUGAACCUCUUAUUGUUUUGGAGACAUACAUGUAGGAAUGACUCACCAUAUUUUUUGUGUUUCAAAUACAAGUGAGUAUUACAUCAUACUCUUCCUUCCCGAUCAGACAUUUUUAACAUUUUGUAGUUGGGAAGAAGAAACGAGAGUUGUGAUAUCUCGUAGUUGAGUGAAUCUCUUUUGCUGAACAAGACAAUUAUUU